AUGGCUCCCAAGGCCUCUAGAAAAUCUACACAAGCUAACGCGAAACCUCCUUUCGUGCCCCCAGCCAACGCCAUCCCUCAACCUCUCCCUCCCUCCGUCGAAGAAGCCUACCGCCGGAAAUGCUGCCAGCUGAGGCAUCGCUACAACCAAAUCGAAGAACACAAUGACGCCGCAAGGCUGCGCCUGCAUAGGCUGCGUCGCCAGCUCGAUAAGCUGCGCGUCGAGAGGGCUUUCCUUCUUGAGCAAAUCUCCAAGAGAACUAGCAUGAAUGUCGAGGACUCAGAUGGAAGCCCGAGCCCGCCACCUACGCCCAAGGAGAAACCCCUACGGACAAAGCGGGGCCACAGGAAGCCCUCUUUGAUUCCCGAUCUCGAUUUAUCGAAGCCUGCCGGCAGCACGCCACUCUCCCAGGGCCAGAACCUAUCACCUAGCUCCGAGAACUUCUCCCAGGAUAAAGUAAACGGCAUUGCAAAGCCCAAGAAACCCAGCAACGCCUUUGAGAUUUACUGCAGCGAUAAGACCGACGAGUUCAAGGAGAAGAAUCAGGACAAGGAGGACUUCAACCUCGAGGCAGAGCUCGCGCGUGGCUGGAAGGACCUGCCCGAGAAGGAUAAGGAGGAGUUCCAAGCCAAGUACGAGGAUGCCCUCGAGCAAUAUCAGAAGGACAUGGAGGCGUAUACGAAGAAGAAGGAGAAGGAGGAGAAGGAGAAGGAGAAGGAAAAGGCGGCUAAGAAGAGUGGUGAUGCCGAUACCCAAGGGGCUGAUACGGAACCCGAGGGUGAUCGAGAUCACGACGUUGAUAUGGAUGCCAAGGAGGCUGCAGCGGAAGAGGGCGGUGACAAGGAGACUCCGUCUGCCGACAAGGAUGCGGCGGGAAAGAAGAGCGCGGAGAAGACGCCACCAGUCGACCAUGACGAGGAGAUGGAGGAGGCCCAAGGCGAUGACGAGAAGGCCAAGGCCAAGGAUGCCGAGGAGGAGACGGCUGAGGAGGGCAAGCAGCCCCAGGACUCGGGUUCCCAGGACGAUGAUGUCGAGAUGGUCGACCACCCUGAUGAGAAGAAGUAA